CUUAGCAUCCUUGGCGUAGCUUGCCAAGGACUCGAAUACUAUUCGAGUCCUUAACAAAUACUCGCUGAAUACCUCAAUUAUGGCCCGAAUACUGCUCAUCGGGGGAUACUAUCCGAAAAGCACAAAUACUAAUACUAUUUUGGUGAACAGCGCAUAUUUCUAAUAAUAGGAUAAUUUCGUUAAUAUGGGAUACUUUAGCCUCAACUCGCUGGGCAAGGAACGCGCGGUCCCCGUUACUCUGGAAGAAGCCAUCAUGGAAAUUCUAUAACACGACCUAAUGGCCCUUGUCAACAUGUGUGGCACACCUAGAAACCUACAAGCCUAUAUAUAUCCCCAAUGCAACUCCACGCAUCCUAAACCCCCAAGACACCACCACCCCACCACCACCCACACACCAUGAAGCCCACCGCCCUCCUACUCCUCGGCCUCCUCGCUGCCGCCACCAAAACAGCUACAAGCCUCGCCAAUUCCACCUCCCUAGCAUCCUGCCUCUCCGACGCCAUCGUCCCCUUCAUCACCCCCUCCUCAGACGACUGGCCCCUCCUCUCCACCUCCUUCAACACCCGCCUCCCCUACACGCCCCUAACCAUCGUCAUCCCGCGGAGUACCUCGCACAUCAUCGGCGCGGUCCGCUGCGGCGUCGCGGCCGGCGUGAAGGUAACCCCCAAAGCCGGAGGGCACUCGUACGCCGCGCUUGGUCUGGGGGGGGAGGAUGGCCACAUGGUGGUGGAGAUGGAGCAUAUGACUGCUGUGAGUCUGGACCCGGAGACGGGGAUUGCGACCGUGCAGCCAGGGGCGAGAUUAGGGGAUAUAGCGAUUGAGAUUUUUAGGAAGGGGGCGAGGGCGUUUUCGCAUGGGACGUGUUUGGGUGUCGGCAUAGCAGGCCACGCCCUCCACGGUGGCUACGGUAUGUCCUCGCGCGAGCACGGCCUGGCACUAGACUGGGUAGACGGUCUCACCGUGGUCCUCGCUAACGGGACCGCGGUGGACUGCUCGGCGAGCGAGCACCCUGACCUAUUCUUUGCGAUGCUCGGCGCCGGCUCUGGGUUCGGUAUCGCCUCCGAACUCCGCUUCCGGACCUUCGCGGCGCCAGAGACUGUGACAUGGUUCUCUGCCACGCUGCCGUGGAAUAGGACGACCGCUAUGGCGGGGCUUGAGGCAUUAGAGACGUACACGAGAGGUGUGAUGCCGAAGGAGCUAAACAUGCGACUCACGGGGUCGGCGUAUUCGAUGUCACUAGAGGGGGUGUACUACGGUGAUCGAGCGGGGUUAGAUGAUGCGCUCGCGCCGUUGCUAGAGAAGACGGGGGGGGAGGUGGUGACGGCGGGGACGACGGGGUGGAUUGGGGGGUUGGAGCAUUAUUCGGAGACGGGGAUGGGGUUGAAUGUUUUGUAUCCUUAUGAUGCUCACGAUGAAUUCUACUCAAAGAGCCUCGAACUACAAGGUCUGAACGGCACAUCGGCCCAGAAUUUCGUGGACUACGGGUUCGACGUCGCCCCCACCAUAAACCGGAUGUGGUGGUUCCAACUCGACCUCCAAGGCGGCUCGAGCUCCGGGAUUUGGGCGCGGAAUGACGGCGUGACGUCCUACGCGCACCGUGACAAACUAUAUAUCAUCCAGUUCUACGACCGCGUAAUCAGCGGGAAGUACCCAACAGACGGGUUCGAGUUUCUCGACGGGUGGGUGAAUGCAACGACGGCGCCGCUAGAGUGGGGGACGUGGGGGAUGUAUGUUAAUUAUGCGGAUGCGAGGCUAGAGCGCGGGGAGGCGGAGGAGUUGUAUUGGGGGGUGAAUUUGCCGAGGCUGCAGGAGAUUAAGGCGGAGGUUGAUCCGGGGGAGGUGUUUUAUAAUCCGGUUUCGAUUGAGCCGGCGAAGGAGCAGAAGUUGGGGGGGGGGUGCGGCUGUUAAGUUUGCGAGCCCGUUUUAAGGGGUGAAGCGAGAGAGAGUAAACCCUUAAAUCUAGUACGCUGCCGUGAACCCUUCUUUGCUAAAAGGGGUCCUCGCGAUCAAAUUGGCACUAUUCAAACAUAUAACAUAAACCUCAUACACUGCGCGAGAGAGAUUGAAACCCC